AUGUCGAACAGCUAUACUUACGAUUACAUUAUAAAGUCAUGCCUACUUUUACAAUUCACGGAUAAACGGUUCCAACCAGCUCAUGACUUGACGAUUGGAGUAGAGUUUGGAGCACGUUUUGUUGAAGUUGAAGGAAAGAAAAUUAAACUCCAAAUUUGGGAUACGGCUGGCCAAGAGUCUUUUCGAAGUAUAACGAGAAGCUAUUAUCGGGGUGCAGCUGGAGCUUUAUUAGUCUAUGAUAUAACUAGGCGUGAAACUUUCGAACAUCUUCUCAUCUGGCUUGAAGAUGCUCGUCAACAUUCAAAUUCUGAUACAACCAUAAUGCUCAUUGGGAACAAAAGUGAUCUCGAGUCUAAACGUGUUGUUUCUUAUGCAGAGGGUGAGGCAUUUGCGCGGCAGCAUGGCUUAUUUUUCAUGGAAACUUCAGCAAAAACUGCAGAAAACGUUGAAGACGACAUAUACGAAAAGAUCAAGCAAGGCGUCUUUGAUGUCACAAAUGAGCUGAUAUGUACUGAUAAUGAAGAACUAGUAUUAAAGAAUUCUACCCAUAUAGGGAUCUAUCCUAUGGAAAAUGUUGAUAUAAACGAAACCGACAGUGAUAAAUGCAUUAAUGUUAACAGGACAAACUUUAAAAAAAUUUUCGAUAUAGCGAUAGUAAUGAACUAUACAAUUAGAUUGGUGGAAAUUGCCGAAUGA